ACAUAAAGAGCAAUCAAUAUUCGAAUAUAACGUUUUUAAAUAGAAUGUUUAUUGUAAACAACACAUUUGCAGUAAGUACAUAUGCACGCCACUAAUUUAAACCUAGUUUUCAAAUAAAGCACAAUGUGGCUGACGUGACUAUUUGACGAUUGAAGUACUUGACAUUUCAGUUCCGGCAUUCCGGAAUGACUUGUAUCAUUAUCAGUUCCACUUUUAUAUUUAUUUUGCUUUCCAUCGGAACAUGCCUCGCAUGUCUUGAUGUCAAUUGUCACCGUUUAAAAGCUACCUUGAGAUUAGACUUCAUUCUUCCCUAUAGCAAUUGUUUAAGAGGAGACACUUCAGUCAGCGGAAUCAAUAUGCCGAAAUCAUCACGUCCGCCGCGCUGUUUAGUUAAAUAUUCAAAGCACAACUGUCAAGGUAAAGCCAUGAGGAACUCCGCAUAAAUGUAAACAUGGCUGAGGUGAAGAGCGUACGUGACAGACCGAACAUCUCCAUGGCGUGUCAGCUAUGUAGCUCCUCCGAGCGGCUUAUGGUAUGCUCUGGAUGCAGAAGGACCUGGUAUUGUUCGAAAGAACACCAAAAGUUAGACUGGAAGUAUCACAAGAAAAACUGCAAACGAAUGAGAGAGGAGGAUAGUGAAACGAAACAUGUACACGGAAUCACACUGUCUCCUGAAUCUUUGGACAUUCCACGCUAUAAAGGCAAUGACAGCGCAGAAAAGAUGUCAGCAGAGGCAAUGACCCAUAACAUGAAUAAAAUGAGCCAAAGUUUGCAUGAUGAUCUUAAGCUUACAGAUGAGAAACCUGUUAAGAAGAAGAUAUCAGAAGAGUUCUACACCAUCCAGCCAAACACUGUAGAACGAAAGGUUUUGACAGAUGAAGGAAGCUCGGAGUCCUACAUUCUACACUCUGCCGAGUCUGCUCUAAACCAGCCAAUGUACAAUAGUCCCUCUUCUCAGAUAUCCUCUCAUAGCCAAGAACUUCGCUACACUCCAUCCGUCCGAUCAUAUGAAGAUGAGCCUGUAGACAAUAUGCAUGCAUACCUCAGUGUAUUAGAGUCUCGCAAUGAAAUGUUGGGAGAAUAUGUCGUGAAGUGUCUCCAUACAUAUGGAAUUUGUGUUAUUGACAAUUUUCUGGGGGAGACAAAAGGGUUAUCAAUUUUAUCUGAAGUAAAGGCACUUCACAACACUGACAAAAUGACAAGUGGUCAGCUUGUAAAUCGCAGUCAUGGCUCCAAUGCGCAGAGAAUCCGUGACGAUCUGAUUACGUGGGUAGAUGGACGGGAGCCUGGCUGCUCAAACAUUCAGUUUCUCAUCUCCUCCAUGGAUGCUGUCAUUUUAAAAUGCACCCGAAAACUAAAAAAGUGCACUAUAAAUGGUCGUACAAAGGCGAUGGUAGCCUGCUAUCCUGGUCCAUCCACUGGAUACCUCCGACAUGUUGAUAAUCCAAACAAAGAUGGCCGUGCCAUCACCUGUAUUUAUUACCUCAACAAAGACUGGGACUCAAAGGUGGAUGGUGGAACUCUACACAUAUAUCCUGAGAAUGAGAGUCGAAUCGCCAGCAUUGAGCCAACAUUUGAUCGACUUCUGUUUUUUUGGUCGGAUAGACGGAAUCCACAUGAAGUCAUGCCAACAGCAAAAACAAGAUACGCCAUUACUGUUUGGUAUUAUGAUGCAGUGGAGCGAAAACAGGCAGUGGAGAAAUUUACAGAGAACCAAAAGCCUGCUAAGCGGUAAAGCAUAUCUCUGAAUCAGCCUAUGGGACCCCUGUGUGAAUUAGCCUAUUGGCCGUCUCUGAACAAUGCCUCAGUGAGUGGGCAAUGAUGAACUUCUUUAAAUCACAACCCUAAUUAGAGCAAUAUUGGUCACCUCCAAGGCUAGAUAUUGGUCUGCAGUCAUCCCUCUCUUUACUCUCUCAUUCCUUACUUACGUGCCGUACGUGUUUAGAGCUAAUUAUGAUAACAAUAAGUGCACUGUUCAGAGCAUAUGGUUUACUUUUGUAUAAUCAUUUGGACGGAAAUACUGUUUCAUGACAUUAUUGCUUGACUAAAAUGAAAGGUUUUAAGUGGGAUGUAAGAACUAUGUAACUGUUGUGUGGUAUAUGUGGACUCCAGUGGGAGUUGGUUGUUGUUUACAUACAUGGUAUGAUGUCACAACGAAGAUGGUACAUAUAUCCAUAGGUUGUUGUUUACACUCAGAUGUUGUGUGUAUUGAAAUUGCCUCAACAUACAGGACUUUUGUGAUUUUCGUGUUGAAGCCAAGCAAUGGUCCAGAGACCAAACACUUUAUUUCUGAGGAAUAUCCGUCAGUGUUGAAGCAUUUAGCUCCAAGUGUUCAGUGUCAAGUGUAGAGAAACACACUGAGUUUUAUUUUUGUGCUAUUUCUUGUUAUAUGUUAUUAAGUUUAUUUAGUGAACUGUUAAAAAGUUCUUUGUACGAGAAUGUCUGAAAGAAUGAGUUAAGUUGUCAUGAAUGGUACAUGUAAUUAAAAAUUGUUUGUGUAUUGAUGUGUGGAGAAGAAGCAUGUGUGUUGUGUUAAGACGUUGUUCAUCACAUUCAGCCUCCAACUUAUCGGUUAUAUUUUAUCCCAACACCGUUAUUUCAGGACAAAAAGUGACCACAUUCAGAGUGGUUAGAUAACAAAAUGUAGUAAUUUGAUUUAAAAUUCGUGCAUAUUACCUGGUAGUGAUAAUGUCCAAAUAUUUUACAUUUAAUUUAGAUUCUGAGAGUAAACAUUGAGGCCAGUGGCCUUGUCAAUAAUUAGAAUUAUUUUUGAAAACAGAAAACAUUAUUAUGUUGUUCAGUUGGCUUUUUGCAAGUAUGAAUAGAGAGAAUUUAUAGGAAUGCCAAUUUUUUUUAUUUUUUUUUGGGG